AUGUCCGCUCUAUUCGACGUUGAUGUUAGCGCACCAAGUGCGGAGGUGAUGGAAAUCGCUCGGCAGGAACUUCGCGAGACGCCGGAAGUCAGGGCUGCUGCUAUUGUCGAGCUGAGGAAUCUGUUGAAAGCUGCAGCGGAUCUCAACUUCCCCGAUGAUGAUGACUUUUUGCUGCUGUAUCUGCGUCCGACUCACUUCUAUCCGGAGAGUGCCAUCAAACUGAUGCGAAACGUAGCACAGUUCCAAAAGAACAAUGCCGACCUGCUGAAGAACUUGAUGCCAUCUGAUUUGAAGAAUGAGAUCACCAAUUUUGAUCUAAUCACGGUGUUGACGAAUCGUGAUCAGUUCGGUCGUCGGGUGGUUAUCGUCAAACAGGGAGAAGCUUGGGAUCCAAAGGCCAUCAACGAAGAUAAAAUCUUUGGUAUUUUGUACACCGUCCACAAGUUGGCAGCUUUGGAACCCAUCACACAGAUCUGCGGAGCGGUGGUGAUUUAUGACUUUGAAGGACUCGGCAUGAAACAAAUCAACGGAAUAUCGGUCAGUGGGGUCAAACGGUUGUUGACUUUCAUUCAGGAAUCGGCUCCGCUGCGCAUGAAGGCGGUUCAUUUCGUUAAGGAACCGACGCUGUUCAGUAUGGUUUGGGCCCUGAUGAAACCACUGGUUAAGGAGAAGUUAAAGGCCCGGAUGUUCUUCCACGGUGACGAUAUGAAGAAACUUCACAAGCAUAUUGAUCCCAACUACCUGCCGGCUAAUUACGGAGGAAAUAUGCCUGCUUUAACUUAUGCUUCGAAGGAAUGGUACCCGGCUUUGGAAAAACACAGCGAUUUCAUCAAGAAGUUCAACUCGGCUGGGUUCAAAUAA